UCAAAUCAACCGACCCGACCCUAAUUAUGAUGACUUAAUUGUAAAAUUUGCUUACGUGGCAACAUUCCAUUGGCACCCAUGAUAAACUCCACGUUUAAUUUUACUCUCUAUUUUCCUUUUCCUAAUUUCUUUGUACUUCCAAAUUAUCCCAAACGAAAAGAAAGAAAGAAAAAAAAUCAAAAAAAUUGUUUAAAAAAAAAAAAAAUCAAAAAAUUGUUGCGAAGCAAAAACAUUGAAGCGAAGUCAGUGAUCGCCGGUACCAUUAUUACCGAGGAGAGAGAAAAUCGGAUAAACAACAAUGGCGGAAAACUCCGAUAAUCAGCCCACCGUUUCCGACAAUUCUACACCUCCUCCUAAACCUUCUCAAGAUGAUCUUAAACUUCCUCAGGUGCCAAAUUUCCCUUAUUUUCCACCUCUACAACAUGGUGGUGUCAAUAUGUUACCGAUCAUGUACCCCACACUACUUCCAGGUAUUGCUAAUGCGCAGAACUUAGAGCAGAAUAAUCGUGGACCAGGCAUUUAUGCUGUUCCGAUGCUUCCAUUUAUGGGAACUGUCACUGGGAUUCCCACUGAUACUCUCAUUCCUCUUACAUACAGCACACCAACGAGAGUAGCCUCUUCUGAGGCUGGAACUGCUAGUGGGGAGCAAAGCCAGGCGGGCCAGCAGCAGCCACAGCAACAGCAACCUCAGCUUGGACCUCAAAGACAAAUUGUUGUACGGAGAUUUCAGAUCGCAUUUCAGCUUGACUUGCUGCUUAUAUUAAAGUUGGCAGCUGUGAUCUUUAUAUUUAACCAAGAUGGGUCGAGACAAAGGCUUGCUCUGCUUGUGUUCUUUGCCUUUAUCGUCUACUUAUACCAGACUGGAGCUUUAACUCCACUUAUGCGUUGGAUUUCACAAGCAAUGCACAGGGCAGCUGCUCCACCCCGGCCACCAAGGCCUGCUGCCAGGGUUGACCCAAUUGUUAGACAAGGGGAUGAUAAUGUUGCUGCAGCUGCUGCUGAUGCAGAACCUGGUGCAGAAAAUGACAAUCCACCAGCAGAUGGUGCAGAACGUAUUGCUGAAAAUGAAGCUGCUCCAGAGGCCGGAGUUGAAGGAGGCAACCAAUGGUGGGGUAUAGUUAAAGAGAUUCAGAUGAUAGUUUUCGGCUUCAUUACCUCUCUCCUCCCUGGAUUCCACAACAUGGAACAUCAUGCUUAAAAGGCUUAUGGACUAACCAAAUCACUCCACCCAUGCCAAGUACAUUAAAAUUAAUUUCAACAUAUGCAUCGUACAAUAGAUGGAUAGUAUGAGAAGAAUUACGAUGUCUAGGUUCAAAGUGAAGAUGAGUUUUAUACCUGUUAAACAAUUUGCAUAUCAAUGUCUUUUUAUCUUACUGUGAGGGUAGAAGGUGUCCAUGUUGUUACUGUGAGGGUAGAAGGUUUUCAUGUUGUAUUCAACGAGUAUAUCUUAGUAAAUUAUAUUUCUUUUUCUUCACUUUUGAAGUGUUUAGUUUACCAUGAGGAACAUCAAUGGUAAAGUGGUAAAUGCAUUUAAAGGUAAUGGACAACGUUGUAGAUUCUUGGAGAAA